GAGACAGGCCUCAUUCGCCUCCUUCGUAAGGAGAUAGCAGCAGUUUUCCGAGACAAUCGAAUGAUUGCGGUGUGCCAGAAUGUAGCUAUGAGUGCAGAGGACAAGAUUCUCAUUCGUCACCAGCUGCGAAAACAUAACAUCUUGAUGAAGAUCUUCCCCAAUCAGGUUAUGAAGCCUUUUCUGGAGGGUUCUAAGUACCAAACCCUGCUGCCCCUUUUUGUGGGUCAUAAUAUGCUGCUGGUCAGUCAGGAGCCCAAGGUCAAGGAGAUGGUGCGGAUCUUAAAAACUGUGCCUUUCCUGCCAUUGCUAGGUGAGUAAGCA